AUGAGGUUUCUCUGUCUCCAUGGCAUGGGUACAAACUCGGCGAUCUUUGCCGUUCAGCUAGGACCAGUCCUUUCCCGCUUGGAAGAUGCAGGUCACGAAUUCACCUUUGUGGAUGGGCUCAUGGAAUGUAAUUCCACAGAAGAAAUUCGAUCUGUCUUCCCUGGCCCGUAUCUCUGCUACUACAAUUCUCCUACCUCUGAACUUGUCGCCGCAGCGUUUGAAUACGUCCACGAAAUCAUCGAAGAAGAAGGACCUUUUGACGGCGUCAUAGGUUUCUCCCAAGGCGCCGCACUAGCAGCUAGUAUGCUGCUCCAAAGUGCGAAGCAACACAAGAAGCCACUCUUUGAACUCGCCAUUUUUGCGGGUGCAAGUUUGCCCUUCGACAUCGACGACGAGUCUGGUUUAGAUGAGUUCUAUGCCAGUAUGCGAGGAACCAAGAUUUGGGACAACAUGUUUGAUGGCGAUGAUGCGAUUGAUGGUCCUCUAGGCUAUCCUCGCCAUUUUGAUCCAGACAGAAAGCCAUUGUUGGCGAGAUAUCAUCCCGACAAGGCAAAGAAGAUGCAUAUGUAG